AGAGCUCAGGUAUCUAGCGAAACGGACUUGUCAAUCAUAUCAAUCACCUGGGGAUUCACACUUGGCUUUGGCUUCUUGACGACAUGGACUGCCAUGAAGCAAACCAGACACAUGUGGAAGCGGCGAAACGGACAUCUUAACCAUCCAUAUAUCUGGAUGGUUUGGGCAGAAAUCGCAUCAAGUUUAGGGCUCAGCAUUGUAUGCUGGCUUGUCUUGCAGGGCCCAUUGCCUCUGAAUGUUUACUCCUUGUUCGCCAUCCUGUCCUUCUGGGUGAUCCAAGUACAUUGUCUUUUCCAGAUCAUCAUCAACCGCGUAUCAAUCUUGAUGGUAAACCGCAAGCGUGCAAGACAUCUCAAGAUCGGUGUCACAAUCGGUGUCUUGUGUCUAAACGCCAGUGUUUUCUGCAUCUGGAUCCCGGCCAAACUGGGAGUGAAUGAGACAUACGAGAAACUCAACGUCGUUUGGGACCGCAUCGAAAAGGUCAUCAUUCUCAUCGUCGACGCAGGGCUGAACUGGUUCUUCAUCAAAAUCGUGAAAAAGCAACUUAUCAAGCCUGGACUUGUCAAGUACUCGCCGCUUGUGACGUUUAAUAAUUACAUGAUCAUUCUCAGUUUAGCAAUGGAUUGCUUGAUCAUUGGCAUGCUGUCGUUGAAGAAUCCUCUGGUAUAUCUCAUGUUCCACCCUCUAGCAUACAUUGUCAAACUCAAAAUCGAGCUCUCCAUGGCCGAACUCAUCGCCAUUGUUGCUCGAGGCCAGGACAACGGCCCCAUUCGCUUCAACAACCCAGAGAGCUCAACCGGCACCAUGAACGCCAAGGGCUACACCUUCAACACAACAACCAGCCAGAGCAAAAGAGCCUCUGUGAUAAAAACUCCCGCCUCACCUCAAGACGUGGAGCUCGGCCACGUCAGACCAGAAACGCCAGAAGCCAUGCACAGCCACUUUGGCAUCAUGGAAGAGGAAGAGCAGAGACACGAUCACGACCGUGAUCAAGAGUCAGAGGACAUCGCCAAUGGCUUUGUUGUGCACAGACACAAUGAGAUCACAGUCGAAGUUGAGAGUGCACCUUCUGAGCGAUCUCAGAAGACUGAU